AUGAUGCGUCGGCUCCACGGUGGCAUGAAGGCGCUAGACGCAGACAAUGGGACCUGGCAGGAUAUGUCAAGGUAAACGACCUCCAGGUAAGCUGAAUAUUGUCCUGUUGUCUUUGCUUGCUCCCCAUCUCCAUUUCAGCAACGAGCUAGCUCAGCGACUAGACAAUCUAACGCUCGCCGCCGCCGCCGCAGACGAGAACGGCUCCGUGGAGAACUGCUGGGACACAAUCCAGUCGCAGACGCUGGCCGUCCUCGGUCGCGCACCCCGCCACUUACAACCUGCUCUCCGAGAAGGACCACCUGCAAAAAGCCUGCAUAGACCACCCCACCGACGAAGACGACGACAAAGCAGCAUUCUACCGUUGCCGCCGCCUUGUGCAACAGCGUCUGCGCGAGAUGCAGAACGCACGGACGGCCCGCAAGGCUAUGGAGUUUCAAGGGUACGCGGACCAUAUCGAUUGGAAGAACAACUUCUCUGCUAUCUGCUGUCCGCCCACCAAGAAGACACCGAGAAGACACAAAUUCUGCAGCGAUGGGCCGACAACGCCAUCGCCCGCCCGCCCCAAGUGAAGACCAACACCCAGAUGGUGCGUCAGCUGCACGACGGUAUGAUGGCGCGAGUCACGGACAACGCAGCUGUCUCAGAGGCAUUCGCAGAGACCAACGGAGUGAAGCAGGGAUGCGUGCUGGCGCCUACCCUCUUCAGUCUUAUGUUCUCUGCCAUGCUGAUGGACACCUACCGUGAUGAACACCCUGGGAUCCGCAUCGCCUACAGGACGGACGGUCACCUGCUGAAUCAACGGCGGAUGCAUUUCCAUUCGCGCUUAUCCGCAACCACCGUCCACGAACUCCUCUUCGCCGACGACUGCGCCCUGAACACCACCUCGGAAGAGGCAAUGCAACGCAGCACGGACCAGUUCUCCGCCGCCUGCGCGAUCUUCGGUCUGGUCAUUAACACACAGACGACGGUGGUGAUGCACCAACCGCCACCCAACUCAGCCACAGCCCCCAACGCGCCGCCGCAAAUCAGCGUGAACGGAAACCAACUGCAAGUGGUGGAGAACUUCCCGUACCUGUAUAGUACCCUAUUCUGUAACACCAAAAUCGAUGACAAAGUGCCCCGCAGGAUUCCGUAA